AUGGAUGAGCUCGGAAUCGGCUACUCGGCACUUUGCAAGGUCAACCCGUCAAUUAUUCACGCAAGUGUCUCUGGUUACGGUGCGAGUGGACCGUAUGCUCAACGUGCCGGUUAUGAUGCCAUCGCUGCAGCUGAGGCGGGCUUGCUACAUAUCACCGGGGAGAGGGAUGGUCCCCCCACACGCCCUGGCCUGGGCCUGACAGACAUGAGCACUGGAUUGUUUCUACACGGAGCCAUCCUUACAGCCCUAUUCUCUCGUCAGAAAACUGGCAAAGGUCAAAAGAUUGACGCCUCCCUGUUCGAAAGCCAGGUGGCCUUGCUGGCAAACGUCGCCAUGUCGUGGCUGAAUGUCGGAGAGGUCGCUCAGCGUUGGGGAACCGCACAUCCCAGCAUAGUGCCUUAUCAGGCUUUCAAAACCAAAGACUCCUAUCUGGUACUGGGAGCGACCAAUAACCGACAAUUUCAGUUACUGUACAAUCGUGCUCGAGUGAAGAACCGAAAUGAACUCACUGAAGUUCUUGAGAAGAUUAUGCUGAGCAAGUCUACCGAUGAAUGGAUGGCAAAGUUAGAAGGAAACAGCGGCAAGACAUAUGGUACACAGUAUACCUUAUGA